UGUAAUCUUAUUUAAGGAAAUAAUGAAACACAUUUAAUAAUGUAUUUAUUGUGGUUUAAUAAAAACCUUAUUAUAUAUUUAAAUGGACCAACUUAUUUCUCUAAGGAUUCUAAGAAUCAUUCUAGUGAUGACAUGUGGCUACAAAAAAAUAUUGCAAUGCUUCUCAAAUAAUAUAUAGGAGAUUACUUGGAGAAAAGGUUGUUAGUGACUUCGCUUUUACAACUUCUUGUUUCAUUUCACAUUAGAUAACGUUUGUUUAUCAAUUGUUUUAUAUCUCCAAACAUAUAACUAGGAUAAUACUUAAAUUAUAAAUACCAACAAACUUAACCCAUAACUGAAGAAUUUUCUUGUUUGGAGAGUUAUAAUAAGUAUAAGGGCUCAUCAAAUUUUUAUACUAGUAAUUUAGAAGCUACACUUUAAACGAACAGUUUGGUCCAGUAAUUACAAUUAGGCAUUCUCCAAAACGGAUUUGUGCCUCUCGUAGGAACACAUCAUAGAUUCUUAUGAAAAGUGAAACUCAAGACUAAUGUACAUUGUUGAACAUAACAACAGACAUAUCAGCUUUUUUUUUCCCUUUGGACUGUCUUUAAUCUGUGCAGGGCGGCUUAAAGAGGAGGACCAGCGGUGCGACCGUUCUGGAUCUAGUACGUUGUUCCCUUAUUUUUUAAUAGAUAAUGGUUCGAUUUUGUUUUUUAAAAAUACAUGUAUUAUAUUAAAAAUGAGAAAAUGGGUCCAAAUUUUUUUAUAUGAAAGUAUUUUUAUUUAUCACAGUUUUAUUUUAAAAAUACUCUGGUAUUUUGUAAAACAAAUAUUUAUCAUAUUCUUAAAGAAAACUAUUAGUUUGAAAAUUAAUAAAAAAAACAAAAAAUUGCCCAAGAGCUUAUGACACUAUUGUGCCAGCUCUAAAUCUGCGUAUUAAUAUCUUCAAACAGUAGACAUGUUAAAAAAAAAUAAGUUGAAAAAUAUAUAUAUCCAAAGAAAGUAUACUCUGCAUCUGGUCUUUUUCAAGAGUAUACAAAGUUUUAUAUUAUUUAUUUUUAAUUAAAUAUGAGUACACAAUCUCAAUGCUUCAAAAUUUAAGCAACAUUAAUAAAUAUAUUAAAAUCGAUUUCAGAUUAUCUAUUCAUACAUGAUACGUGUGAGUACACACAUAGAAACCCCCCGAUUUCACGAGGAACCUAAAACCCUCCAUGAAACGAGGUGGUCAGUAACUUGGAACACAAGUUUCACCAACUGUACUUCCCACUUAUCCUGCCGCCGAAUUUCCAUUUAACCCACACACAAACUCCUCAAAAUCAACUCUCUCUUUAAAAGGGCACUAAAGCCCACCAACACAUACUCUUAAAUUUAACAAUGGCUUUUGGAAACAUCCAAGAACCAGACGGGGAGAUCCUAAAGAAUGUUUGGGAGAACUUCAUCAGAAAACCAGAAACCGAUACAAGAUCAGUCCAUGUUCAAGAAGUUUCCACGACUUGGGAAGCGUUGCCAACACUCGAUGACAUAUCAAAAGAAUCAAAAGGAAGCCUUCCAACCAUAGAUAUGUCAAUGGAGGCCAAGGAAUGGGCCGAGAUUCUCGACUCCAUUGCUUCUUUCCCAAGCGAAACCAAUCAUGAGCCGUUAACCAACCCUACCGGUUCACGUUCUUUGCCUUCUUCGGUUUCUUGCAAAACAAGGAAAUACAGGGGAGUAAGGAGGCGUCCGUGGGGGAAGUUCGCAGCAGAGAUCAGGGAUUCGACGAGAAACGGUGUUAGAGUUUGGCUCGGGACGUUCCACACUGCAGAAGAAGCAGCUAUGGCUUACGAUAAAGCAGCAGUUAGAAUCAGAGGAGUACAAAGAGCUCACACAAAUUUUCAACUCGAGACGGUUAUAAAAGCUAUGGAAAUGGAUUGCGGCUCAAGUUACUACCCGAUAAACCGCUCAAGUACCUCUCAACCUUUAAGAAACCACUGUGAAAUAGGAAAAUAUGCGAUUAGGGCUUAUGAUGAUAAAGUCGUUGAUGGGGUGGUCGACAACAGUUGUGCCCUUAGUUAUUGUUCAACUCAGGAAAUUAGCUUCGACAUCUGUGGAUUGGUUGGGAACGAAGAAGCUUGGUUAGGUUCAAGAAAGAGACAAAGACGAGAUGAAGAUUGUAUAACGUUUCAAGAAGUUGAGACUGAUGAUGAUAAGAAGAUGGCUAGGAGGGAAGAAGAGAAAUGUGAUAUGUUUGGUUUAUUUGAGUUUGAGGAAUUCGGAAGUGAUUAUUUGGACACAUUAUUAUCUUCUUUUUGACGGGAAAAUACAACAUUAAAGACUACAGGUUUUUAAAUAUUAGUAACAAA